UUUUGGGAGAUCAUUUCGGAUGAGCAUGGCAUCUCUCCUAUUGGAGAGUACCAGGGGGAUUCCGAUCUCCAGCUGGAACGAAUAAAUGUGUACUACAACGAGGCACAAGGUGGACGAUAUGUUCCCAGAGUCAUGCUGGUUCUAAGGAAAGAAGCCGAGGAUUGUGAUUUACUGCAAGGGUUUCAACUGACACAUUCUCUUGGAGGAGGAACUGGAAGUGGAAUGGGGACACUUUUGAUAUCAAAAAUGCUUCUGGGAAAUGGUGGCAUCAGAACACGGCAUCACUCCGGAUGGGUCCUUCAGCGGAGACUCGGACCUGCAAAAAGAACGCCUCAAUGUGUGGACGAGCAAAUAUGCAGCAUGGUGUCAAAACACUCAUCCCACUUUGUGGACUGGAUCCCUGACAAGGUGCAAAGAGCCGUGUGCGACAUUCCUCCCAGGGGUCUGCAAAUGGCGUCCACGUUCAUUGCAAACACGACUGCCGCCAGUGGAUUGUUCCAGCGGAUCACAGACCAAUUCCACGUCAUGUUCCGCAGUAGGGCCUAUGUGCACUGGUACACGCAGGAAGGCAUGGAAGAGGCAGAAUUUACAGAGGCUGCGAUGAAUGUGGCCGACCUCAUUGCCGAGUAUCAGCAGCAUCAAGUGGAUCGACCCGAGUCAAGUGAUGCUAGGGAAUUUUCUCAAACAUUUAAACAAAAAGAAAAGAAUUUAACCAUGCGCGAGAUUGUUCACCUGCAAUGUGGGCAGUGUGGCAACCAAAUCGGCGCAAAGUUCUGGGAGAUAAUUUCUGACGAACACGGCAUCGACCCAACCGGAGAAUAUCAUGGGGACUCAGAAUUACAAUUGGAGAGGAUCAGCGUCUACUACAACGAGGCCCAAAACAGCAAAUAUGUGCCUCGAUGUGUCCUAUUUUGGGAGAUUAUUUCCGACGAACACGGGAUAGAUCCCAACGGGGACUACCACGGGGACUCUGAAUUGCAAGUGGAGCGACUGAACGUCUACUAUGAGCAGGCAUCUGGUGGCAAAUAUCUACCAAAACAAAAACAAAAACACAAUCUACUAUAG